UCACCUGUAAAACACACCUGUCCACAGAAUCAGUCAGACUUUUCAACAUGGGAAGGACUUGACAGAGCCUUUAAUGAAUUUAUGGGGGAAGAUUGUAGACCUGCACAAGAUCGGAAUGGACUAUAAACUACGUCUUUCCAGCAAGAACGUUCAAACACUUAUUUUUCCCCAAACGCAAAUAGUUUUAUAUCACUUCAUUUAAAUUAACUUCUUGAUUUGUCACUGUUCAAAUGGACCUGCCAUUAGAAUGACAGAACCACGCCCUCCCGCGGCACCAGUGGGAUUUGCGCGUUGCUGACGUCAGCGCGUGACGUCGAGUGUAUGCGGAAGUGGUCGUAAAGCCCGUCAGCAGUGUCUUCUGUCUGUUCCAGAGGCAGUCCCCGUGUUUUUAUAAGGAUGUCUGCUCGGUAGAAAAAACUCCGGUUUCUCCUCCGCUUCCCUGCGGACUCAAGUCAGUAAAGAUUCCGAAAUGAACUCAGUGGAUAAACUGCGGAACACUUUCACUCUGGCAUCAUGUAACGUGUUGCUACAGGUGAUGUUCCGCGUGCUCACCUUCCUGCUGAACGGCUUCACGCUGCGCUUUGUGUCCAAAGAGCUGAUCGGGGUCGUCAACGUCAGGCUCACUCUGCUCUAUUCCACACUAGUAUUCCUGUCCAGAGAGGCUUUUCGCAGAGCCUGUCUUAGUGGGGAAUCAGGGACUAAUCAGAACUGGAGACAAACCAUCAACCUCUUAUGGCUGACGGUUCCCAUUGGUGUAUUAUGGGCCCUCUUCCUUGGAUCGGUGUGGCUGUGGCUCCUGGAGGUCCCUGACCCGGGGGCCGUCCCUUACUACGGUGCCGCUGUGGUGCUUUUUGCCUUCUCGGGGGUCCAGGAGCUCCUGGCGGAGCCCCUCUGGGUCUUGGCUCAGGCUCACAUGUUUGUAUGGCUGAAGGUGGUGGCUGAGAGCUUAGCCAUGAUCGCCAAGUGCAGCGUCACGGUGGUGCUGGUGCUGUUUGCCCGGGAAUGGGGUCUCUACAUCUUCUCUGCGGCUCAUCUGGUGUACACUGGAUUCCUGUUGUUGUGCUACGUAGCGUACUUCAAGCGCUUCUUGGGGUCAGAAGAGGCAGCAAAGAAGAGUUUCCCUCUGCACCGGGUCACAGAUUUACUGCCAGGCAGGAUCCAUGGAGAGCCGCUGAUAGACUGGAGUGCGGCUCAGCUUACGUGGAGCUUCUUCAAGCAGUCCUUCCUGAAGCAGAUCUUGACUGAGGGAGAGCGUUACAUCAUGACCUUCUUCAAUGUCCUGACCUUUGGGGACCAGGGUGUUUACGAUAUCGUCAACAACUUGGGCUCGAUGGUGGCGCGUUUCGUCUUCCUACCCAUCGAGGAAAGCUUCUACGUCUUCUUUGCCAACGUUUUAGACAGAGGACGUGACGUUCGAAGGCAAGAACAGGAAGCCGCCUCCAUAGCGGCGGAGGUCUUGGAGUGCUUGCUGAAACUGGUGGUGGUGAUUGGUCUGAUCAUCACGGUCUUUGGCUACGGCUACUCUCACCUGGCUUUGGAUAUUUACGGUGGCUCUCUUCUGAGUAGUGGCUCAGGUCCUGUUUUGCUGCGCUGCUACAGUUGCUAUGUGCUGCUGCUGGCUGUCAACGGUGUCACAGAGUGUUUUGUGUUUGCCACCAUGAGCAAAGAGGAGGUUGACAAGUAUAACCUGCUGAUGCUGGCUUUGUCUGCCUCCUUUCUGCUACUGUCGUACAUGCUGACAUGGUGGGCCGGAGGAGUCGGCUUCAUUCUGGCAAACUGCCUCAACAUGGGGCUCCGCAUCCUCCACAGCCUCCGUUACAUCCAUCGCUACUUCCAGAUCAGUCAGUGGAGACCUCUGAGAGGCCUGCUGCCCUCACCGCUGCUCCUGCUGGCCCUCGCUGUCAGUGCGGCCGUCACAGCCGUUUCUGAGGCUGCUCUCUGCUGUGACGGCGGCUGGUGGCUCAGGCUGCUCCACAUUGCUGUGGGAGGCGCGUGUUUGCUCCUUGUGCUUGCUGCGACGGCUCUGAGUGAAAAACAGCUGUUACACUUCAUCAGGACUCACCUGUUGUCACAGUACAGGAAGAAAACCACUUAAUAAAACAGACUGUUGCUCUCGUGGAGGAUAUUUUUGUACAAAAAAGAAAAAUCUCCCACAUUUUCUGCCGCAUUAAAACUUCGAUGGAGAUGAGAAGCAAAAACUAUUUUUUUUUAAAAAGUGCCUCCUGUUUCUAUUUGUAUUUUGAAUGCAACAUUCCUCGUUAACAGUGAUGGAAUAUACCAAAUAGGAAGCACUUGAGUGUAAUGUCAAAUGAAAAGGCAUAAACGUUUACAAAUAUCUGGUUCAUUCUUUAAUAUUGCAGAAAAUAUUCUGUUACUGGGGAUCUUUUGUUUUUCUUAAAUGUUUAAGCUGUUGUUCAAAAUAAAAUGGUGAAUAAUUUUGUAUGAAGUAA